AGGUUUUUCGUUCAAAAAAUUUUUGUUUCGAAAUUGGGGUUAUCUGACCUGUCACUUCUUAACUUAUAUUGUGCAAAAACAGCAUGAUAGCCAGUUCAAAUGUGGUCAUUUAGUGUGGAGUCGCAGCAGGGUUUUGGAUAUGGCAGAACAAACCCUAACUCAGUUCACAGACAAGCUACUUUCGGAAAAAAUAUUCAGUUGUGCUGUUUGCGAGAAACUGCUUACGCUCCCGAUAGUGCUGAUAGAAGAUGUGGGGAACGUUUGCCCCAAUUGUUGUGAGGACAGGGACUGGAAAGGGCUGCACAAUGUCAAGCUGGAGAUGAUUUUAAAGGAGCUUCAAAUCCCGUGCAAGUUUCAGUCAACGGGUUGCAAGAAAAGGGUUCAUUUCAGUGCUUUAAACGAGCACGAAAGUAACUGUAAGUUUCAUGAGAAACCUUGUUUGUUGUCACACACCGGUUGUGAAUGGACAGGAGUCCAGAGCGAUUUUCCUAGUCACUUUAACGAAUGCCACUCUGAGCAUGUGAUAGCAAACCCUCAGAGCUUCUUUGUCAUUGAGAUCAACAUAAACGAGGAAACGAACGUAACGAAGCUGCUCAAAGGCAAGCAAGAGUGCAUAAUAAUUGUGAAAAAAGAUCGCGAAGAUUUGUUGCACACAAUCUGUGAUGUAAAAAACACUGAAUGUAAUUAUGAUUGUACUAUCAAGCAUUUCGGACAAAGUAGCAACUGCGUUGAAACAAAGUGCAAAGUUUCAUCAUUCAGUAGCAUGCACACCACAAGGAUUAACUUAGCGGCUUUGAAACAGAUGACCGAGGCCGCUGAUGUGGUCACACUGCAAAUAAAAAUGUCCACGCAGAACGAAGCCGCGGAAUUUGAUGAAAAAGUCCUCCAAUAUUUCGAAUGCCCCGUUUGCAAAAUGCUGAUGAAGCCGCCAAUUUAUCAGUGCAAGUUCGGCCACAGUUUUUGUAGCAACUGUAGGCCAAGAUUGGAAAACUGUCCGAAUUGUCGCGCCCUGUUCGGAACCACGAGAAAUUACGCCUUGGAAGGCUUGACUGCAGGAAUCAGUUAUGCGUGCAUGUACCACCAUCUGGGGUGCGAGGAGAUGCUGCCAGCUCAUGAUUCGGGCAAACACGAGGCGAUUUGUCCGUUUAAACCGUACCCCUGUCCUUUGGACGACUGUUCAUUUAAGGGAACCCACUCGAAUAUUGGAAAACACCUGGAUGAGAAUCACAAGGAUAAAGUCAUUGCGGCCGAUUUCUACAAAACUACCGUGGAGUUUCGUUUGGAGCAAAUGAUCGACUUUUACAACUUCCACCAGAAGUAUUACAUGGUGUUUGAUGAAAAUAUAUUUAGACUGAGUUUCAAGCGCAAUUCAGAUUAUAGUUUCUGGGCGGUUGAAGUGUUGCGUAAAAAGGAAGAAGACGCUGUUUUUAUUUACGAAAUUGGAAUCAUUGAUAUGAGAAAACCUGAUAGAAGACUGAUAAGAUGCGAUGUGUGCUUUACUGAUACUAAUUCUGAAGAACUGUUUAAAAAGUGUAUUUUGUUUCCGAAUAAUAUCCUGGCUUCUUAUGCUUGUAACGGGGUGUUUACAUACUAUUGUCAAAUACGCAAACGGCAAUAAAUUGCAAAGUACAAAA